CAACUUUAUAUUUUUUAAUUAUUUUAAAUAGCGAGGUUUGUUUCGUUUUUGUUUUCCAAUAUUUAUAUAUACCUUUUCACUCUCAUUUAUCAUUCAACCAUAUUUGAUAACCACUUUCACCGCUCCAUAAAGUUUGACCGGAAGCGCCUAGAUAAAUUUGUCGAGCCGGAAGCUUAGCAUAUCAACCACAGUCACUGCUACUAUGAGACACAAGAGCCAGACACCCUCUCCGAUGCUAUCGUGGGCUAAAGAGAGCUGCAGGGAGGAUAUUAAUGUACAAUACGGACAAGACGAUACGCAUUAUAAAACCAGGGCUUCUAGUAUAACCCGGACAAUGAAAGCGCCUUACCAACAUCAGCAAAAGAAGCAGCCGCAACCGCAACAUGAUAGAUUUGACAAUUACCUGAGCGACGGUAGCAGUGACCUGUACUACACAGAUGCCAUUCUGGAGCUGACUGAGGGCCAUAGUGAUACAGCUUUUGCUAUGGGAACAACUGCCAUACAAAAAAACGACCGCAAGUACUUGCACAGAAACAUAAUGACUACACCCGAGCAGCAAGAGCCUACCUCCCUGCUAUUCGAGCAGUCCUAUUCGACAAGGUCUACCCGCCCGUCAUGGGGUACAAUUGGCCGACGUCUUAGUAUGAGCAAUGCACAUAGCAGGCUCAACCAGGCUCCUGUUGGUACGUCAGCUGUAACUAGAAGGGGUGGGACAUCAUUCAGCACGAGCCGUUCUGAAGCCAAAGGCAAUUCGGACAACUCAAACGCUAAGACUCGUGUGUCAUGGAUUGGCGCGAUCAAGACGCGAAUUAGAGGGCAUCGGCACAGAGGCAUUUCCGACGACACCUCCGACAUGACGCCAAUUGUUAGGGAUUAUAUCUGGGAUAUAGAGGCCAAAGACUGCCAAGCGCAGGAGAGCUCUUUGCCAACUGAGGUUGUCCCAGAACCGUACUAUCCGCGCCUGCGCUCACAGCCAUCACUGUGCCAGUCCAAUAAAACACCAAUCACAGCCGACAAUACCACUUUUGCAGCAGAUGCGGACAACGAGUCAAGCAGACAGCUUCGGGAAACCACACCGCCACGUCAAUACCAGCCAUCGAGGAGAUUGCAGUUCCUGCUCCCAAACAGAAAUACUGUCGCACACGCGUCGUCAUAUAACGCUCUUAAAGACCGUGAAGACUGCGAGGUUGCCGCAUAGUGCAAACGCAGACAAUAUAAUACAGUACUUUUCCUCAUCUAUUCUACACA